AUGUCGCAGCUAAGUAAGAAUCUGGGUGAUUCGAGUCCUCCUGCCGAGGGCCCGAAGCCCCCGGUCUACAGCCGCCCUACAGUUCUGAUGCGGGCGCCGCCUGCAUCCUCCCGGGGCCCGCCAAUCCCAUGGGAUCCGCCUUCUAUUGAUUUGCAGAGUUCACUGGCCCCUUGGCAGGCACCUCAGCCUACCUGGGAGGGCAUGCAGGGCCAACCGCCGGCUCCAGUGGCUUCAAUAGCCCAACCUCCGGCCAUUGGAACCCAGAUGGUCCAGCCUCCUGCUCUCGGAGGCCCGAUGGGAAAACCUCCUACUCGUGGAGUCUUAGUGGUCCAUCCUUCUCGCACUCCGGGAGUCCCAAUGGCCCAGGCUCCAGCUCCCGGAGUUCUUAUGGUUCAUCAUUCAACUCCAGGAACCUCUAUAGUGCAUCCACCCCCGCCUGGGACCUCGAUGGCCAAAACGCCCGCUCCGGGGACCCCAAUAGUGCAUCCUCCCCCUCCGGGGACUCCGAUGACCCACACGCCCGCUCCGGGGACCCCGAUGGUGCGUCCUCCCCCUGUGGGGACCGCGAUGGCCCAUACACCCGCUCCAGGGACCCCGAUGAUGCAUCCUCCCCCUCCGGGGACACCGAUGGUCCAGUCUCCAGCACCAGGAGUCCUGAUGGCCCAGCCUUUGAACCCAGGAGUCCUUAUGGUCCAGCCUCCAGCAACAGGAGCGCCAAUGGCCCAACCACCACCUCCAGGAGCCUUGAUAACACAGCCUGCACCUCCUGUAGUACCAAUGGCCAAACCUCCAGGUCCCAGUGUCCUGAUGAUCCAACCUGCUGGGCCGCGCGCUCCAGUCAGCCAGCCACCAGCUUCAGGACCCCCGAUGGCUCAGCCAGUGGCCACACCUGUGCAGCCUAUGGCUUCCUGGGCCCCACAGUCUCAGCCUCUUAUCCUGAAAAUCCAGUCUCAGGUUAUAAGGCCCCCCUCACAGGUUCCACAGAGCCCACAGGCCCCACUGGCUACACCUCCAGGCUGGCAGGCUCCUCCACAAGGCUGGCAAGGCAAAACCCUGACCUGGCAGACCCCAGCGAUUGCCUGGCAGGCGGCCCGGCCUGUGCGCCAGAGCCCCCCUCCCAUUCGACCUGGCCCGCCACCCAUAAGGCCAGGCCCACCCCCGAUCCGCCAGGCGCCUCCGCUGAUGCGCCAGGGGCCGCCACCCAUCCGGCCAGCUCCACAGGUCUUAGCAACUGCACCCACUCUGUGGCAGACCCUGCCGCCCCCGCCGCCUCUGCGGCAAGCCCCGCAGACCAGGCUUCCCGCCGCACAGGUGCAGGCUGCCCCACAGGGGGUGAGCACCCUGCCUGCGCACGUGUCCUCCGCGCCACCUGCUGGCCCGCAGGCACCCCAGACUCAACCUGCUGCUCCUCAGAUGGCUCACUGCCCGCACAUAAUUUGGCAAGCUCCCAACGGCCAAGCCCCGGUGCCACAAGCUCUGCCAAUGUCUAUGGAGUUCCAGGAUGUACAACAGGUCCAGGCACUGGCUUGGCAGGCCCCCAAAGGCCUAACCCACUUCUGGCAAGCCGUGCCUGUCCAAGAGGCCCAAAGGCAGGGCCCUGUGCAGGUCCAGCUGGAGCCGCCCUUUAAGGUGGCUCUGCCUGCUCAGAAAAUGGUGCCAAUCCAGCUACCCAGCCAACAGGCCCAGCCCUCGGGCCUGCAAGCAGAGCUGUCACCGCCGCAGCUCCAGCCCUCCUGGCAGACCCCUCCUGGAGCCAUGCAGGUACAGCCAGCAACCUCCUUAGAGGCGGCACGUUUUCACCAGGGCGCUGCUAAGCCACAGAUGACUCCUGCACCCAAGACCUCCUCGAAGGAACAGAGCACCUCUUCAAAGGAUCACAAGGCUCCUGCAAAGGAACGCAUGAUCUUCGCGGCCACUUUUUGUGCCACAAAAGGUGUUUCACCUGCCCGAGACCAACUGCCAACUACCUGGAAAAAUUUUCCUGCCACACCCUUGGACUUUACUGCCACCUCAGUGGUCUCUCCAACUAACUCCCAGGUCCACCCUGCUUCUUAUAUUGCCUUUAAAGGUCCACCUGCCACCUCAGAGGCCCCGAAGCCACUGGCAUUUGCUCUGCAGGAUUCAUUUGUCUGUGUAGAAGCCUUGCCUGCUGUUUCCUGGGUUCCUCAGCCCAACCCCAAUGCCUCAAAAACACCUAAUGGAGUGCCUACCUUUCUGAUGGAUGAGGCAGCUCCCCCAGUAGCAACCUCCACCAAUGAUGGGGCCUCCGAGACCUUCCAGCCAUGCCCCUCAGGCAAAGUCAUCUGUAAGAAGCAGCACCUGAGUGUCCGAGGAAACAACAGUGGUCACAUGUUGGCCCUAAAUGAUCAGCAGGCCUCACAGCCCUGGGACAAUGUGAACUCAAUUGACUGGGAAGGCCAGAACUCCUCCGUCCAUGUCCCGGGUGACUGGAGGAGCCUGAAUACUUACAGGGACCUAAGUGGCUGGGAGGGUCCUUAUACCUCCAGGAUCCUGAGUGGCUGGGAAGGAUCUGACACCUCCUGGGCUUUGAGUGCCUGGGAGUAUCCAGGUACUUUCAGGGUCUUGGAUGUCUGUGAUAGUUCAGGGAACUCUGAGCCUGUGAUCUUUUCUGAAGUCUCAAACCUCUCUCAGGAGGAAAGUACCACCCAGAAUGAACCUAAACUGGAGACCCAGCCAUUGUCUCCCUUGCAUGAGAGAGCAGAUGCCUUGGUGCAUUUCCUCUUGGUCAAGGAGCAAGCCAAGGUGCCCAUCAAGCACUCAGAGAUGGUGAAAGUCAUCAUCCGAGAAUAUAAAAAUGAGUGCUUGGAUAUUAUCAACCAAGCUAACCAUAAACUUGAGUGUGCCUUUUGUUAUCAAUUGAAGGAAAUUGAUCCUAAGAACCACUCUUAUAUUAUCAACAAGCUGAGCCUUAGUGAAGAGGAGCCAAUGGCAUCAUAUUUAGACAGGCCCAAGUUUGGCCUUCUGAUGGUGGUUCUGAGUCUUAUUUUUAUGAGAGGCAAUUGUGUCAGGGAGCAUCUUGUCUUUGAUUUUCUGUCCAAGCUAGGGUUGGAUAUCCAAGAGACACAUGGUCUCUUUGGAAAUACAAAGAAGCUCAUCACUGAGGUGUUUGUCAGACAGAAGUACCUACAGUACAGGCAAAUCCCCCAGACUAAGCCUGCAGAAUAUGAGUUCCUUUGGGGUCCUAGAGCAUUUUUGGAAACCAGUAAGAUGCUUGUUCUGAGGUUUGUGGCUAGGCUGCAUAAGAGAGAUCCACAGUGUUGGCCAUUCCAUUACCUGGAAGCGCUAGCUGAAUGUGAAUCUGAAGAUCUGGAAGAUGAUGACCGUGGAGCUGGUGAGAAUUCCAGUGGCCCCAGCAGCAGGUCCCCUCCCUGCUAA